AUAAGACGAACUGCGCAUGCGUGUAACAUGGUGACUGGCUGCAUCAGCUGGAAAAGUUGUGGAAUUAUUGUCAUAUCCUAGUUUUAAUAGGAGAAAUGGGCUGUUAACCCUGGGAUUGUUCUAAACUCUACACAGAGAUUCUCCCAUAGAAACUGCAUAGAAACCAUGACAGCUAACGAGGAUCAAGAGAUGGAGUUGGAGGCCCUUCGCUCCAUCUAUGAAGGGGACGAGUGUUUCAAGGAAAUAAGUUCAAUUUCCUUUCAGUUUAGGAUAGGAGAGCUGGAGGACACCAAAGCCUUCAUCCUGGACAUCACCUGGCCGGAGACGUACCCUGAGACCGCCCCACACAUCUCCCUGGAUGCCUUUUUCAACAACAGAAUCUCUGGAGAGACGAAGCAGGUGAUCCUGUCCAUGUUGGAGGAGCAGGUGGAGGCUAACCUGGGCACCGCCAUGAUGUACACUCUCUUUGAGUGGGCCAAGGAGAACCAGGAGGCUCUCAUGGAGAACCACAAGCCUGUAGUCACUGCUGUGGCGUCCAGCGGUGACGGGACGACUGCUGCCUCCUCAGCCAAGAAGAGGGAGAAGAAGGAGCAGCUGACUAAAGCUCAGAAGAGAAGGAUCAUCAACAGAACAGAUCACAAAGGGGAAUUGCCGAGAGGUUGGAACUGGGUUGACGUUAUCAAACAUGUAAGUGAAAACGACCUUUUGAACACAAAUAACUGUUGAGUCUUGUUGUCGUUUCAUUUUGUGUUGUUGUCUUGUAUUUAUUGUUGUUCGUUUGUUUUUAAAUGUUCAUCUUUUAUUUUGUGUUCAAAUAAAUUCUCAAUCAAAAAAAUCAAAUCAAUCAAGUCAGAUUUAUUUAUAUAGCGCAUUUACAGACGGCUGAGCCGCACCAAAGUGCUUCACAUAAAAGUGCAAGAAAGUGCAAUAAAAUACAGAAUUGACAAAAUUGACAAAGGUAACAAAGAAAACAAAAAACAAAACAAAAUUUAAUUUAAAAUAAAUUAAAAGAAGAUGGGAUAUUUUUUAAAAGCACUGUGGGAUUACUAGGGUACACUAUUCCCUAGCACUUG